GUUAAAGGGCAAGGUUAUUAAGCAGCUAUAGGAUCCCGCAAUGCUUUCGAAUGAGUAUAUCAUAUCUAAAACACUCGAUGCUCUACUAGGGAUGUUAUUGUUAUUUUAUAAUUACUAAGCAAUGGACUUCUACGUCAGCAGCUUGGCCGCGCGGAUUCCAUGCACGCGACUACAUCGUCAAGUGCAGGAUCCACGUGGAAGAUGUAUCGCAGCUUAUGCAGUCAGUGAUGAUGGACGUCUGGCUGUAAUGGCAACGUAUCCUCGUGAUCACAUUGUAUUAGAACGCUCAGUUAACGUCCUUUUCAGAGAUGGAAAGUGUAUUCGAUCCUCUAAUUAUCACAAGGCAGUGCAACGACAAAGACGUAUAACGGAACUUUACAACGAAUUGGAAUAUAAUGUCGACCAAUAUAUAAAUCACUCGUUACAAUGUGACAACCUGGGUCCAAUCGUUUCGGCAGUGGCGAUGUCUACACCAAGCUUAACCAACAUCAUCAAACAUAAUAAGGCAGAUCCUUUGCCGGAGCCUUAUCCGCUGAUACCAUGUGCAGCAAUUAUUUACGAUACGAUGUACUUCAACCCAGUGGAGGAGUUUAUUUAUGGCUACAGACUAAAUGGAGCGUAUAUUCGGAAAUAUAUACAGGAUGUGGAUAUAUCCAUUGGAAAGUUCAAACCUGAUAUACUACCCCCGUUAGUCAGAAAAUCUAUCGCUCAUAAGUGCAUAUUCAAGCCUAAUAGGAUAAACUUCGCCUGCUCAGAUACACUUCUUGUCAUGUCAUCAAUAGAAGACGGUGCUAAGGUAUUUUCUUUCAACACGGAUUAUGUGGAGCUCAUCUGUCAUUUCAGACCCAUACUUCGUAACGAUAUCCGCAUGGAUCGGUUUCACGUUCUUAGUUGUCAUAUCGCCCUUGCCGACCUGCAAAGGUCGAAAAACAAUAUGCCUUCCAUUUUUGUUAGUGAUGAGGUUACAUGCCAGUAUUGUAAAGCAAUGGUGACAAAGGAUGUGGAACUGUGUGAAGAUGAAAUUAUGCCAUAUACAGUUGUCCUCGACUGUAUUAUGUCGUUGUCAGGCCAACCGCCCGUACGCGCAGUUGUACACUCGCAUUGGCCAAGUGGAGAGACUUAUAUACAUAAUGCGUGCCACUUAUGUGCACCUGUUGACCCUUGGGGUGUACAGCAGGAUUACAUCAUAAUGCCGAUACAAAGUAGAAUUACUGGCACCACGGAAUAUAAUGUAGUCGAACAGUUGCAGAACUAUUGGUCUCUGGAACCAUAUAUGCACGAUGAAACAAGAUUCCUGUUUCAAGCUGAGAAGCCAGUGGAUUGUAAUCAUGGAGACAGUCUGCUGGACACGCCAGUAGAAUCCUUGGAUCACCUUGAACAAAUUACUUUAAUCGCAGUGUAUACACCAAAUGGAAGAAUCGGUAUAUUUGAUGACGAUUGCAAUCUUAUUGCGCAUACAUUUUUGCCUAUUCAUGAGGAAUAUUGCAACGCUAUGGAUGUAAACCGCAAUGGAACCAUGUUAUGCCUGAUUGGAGGCACAUCAGUGUACGUCUUUCGACUGAGGGUAUCACGUGAAACAAAUGGCGAAUUGACGGGUUCGAUUGAAUUCCAUAUGCAAUUUCCACCUGUGGUCGGAGUAGGACGCAGGGAAGAAGUCGUAUCCGCAUGCUUCGGUAAAGAUACAGGUAGUAGAUGGCUUUACGCUUCAGUAGUAAGAGGAACGCUGGAAGCAGUAAUGUACGUUGUGGAUGUGAUGCCUAUCAAAGGGAGGGAUCCAGUCAAACGAGUUUUAAAUAUGAAUUCAUCGGUCUUCCCCUGCAUCACCCAAAUGGUAUCACUAGAAUCCAGUCUACUGGUAAUGCCACGACACCAAAGGUACCUUAUACAGCUAACUCAGGAACACUUGGACAACACCGAUGAUACAUUCUCACGCCAAUUUUGUCAUUUCCCCGUUCUGGACACUAAUAAGGAAGUGCUGAUGCUUAAUGGUCCCGUUCCCGAAAUGGAAAAGAGACCUCCCCCUCGUUAUGAUAUUCUGCUUCUGGAACGGGAUCGUGAGAUCCAAUUAACAAAUCGCAUAAGUAACCGUCUGAAUAUAGCUCGUUGGCUAGAUGCUCUCUACCAAUACAACGCACUCUGCAUGUACAAAGGAAGGGAUGCCGUGGUCAGCGUAGAUGUUCACGAGGGAUUGUUACCAUCAUUAAGGCGCGUGCCACAGCAGUACCCGUUCGGAUACGAUACGAAGAGAUUUUACAAUUCAUUGCUAGGAUUGGAAUUCACAGGCAGCCCUAGCUUGAUGAGGGCGCAGUGUUAUGAAUGGGUAAGGGAAGCAUUGUCGCGAACAGGGUUCGCCAACCCAAUGUACGCAUUAGAUAUUGUGUAUGACGACAAGUUGCCGAUGGUGGAUUACAUAUGCGCUAAAGUAUGCAUAGCGCAGUGGGAGAACCCAGCGGAUGUAGUCUUCAGUCUGAGAACUAACGACUUCCUAUACCUACAGCUAUGCAACUUCGCACGUAUUGCGCAGCGCAUGGAUCUGCAAACUGAAUCGCAAGGCGUGGUAACACCCGAGAAAACCAUGCUAUAUAAGAAAAUCAGUGAAAUAAUACCGCGAUUGAUGGGCGAAGAACCCGAGUUACCAAUGCCACAGAGUCGCGCUGCACUUGAAAGGGAUGCCUUUGAACUGAUGCGCCAACAACUCGUACCCGAGCUUAUGAGCAUCCCAGAGCAUAAGCUAAAGAAGAUCAUAAGAGAUAGGCUUUACAGGUUAAGGAAGAAACUAUCAAUGGUAGAACGUUACAAGCGUGAACACGAACUUAACGAUGUACGUCCAGAAUUCUCCUUGGAGGAAAUCAUGCGUAACGAUUGCAGACUUCCAAUAUUCCGUGAGUCAGCAGAGGCACAUGAUAUCCUUUUGUGUGAAUUUGCCAUGCGUGUGCGCAUGAAGGUACUGUCGGCAUUUUAUAAGGCCCAGAAGGAAGGCGCCCCCGACUUAGAAGACAUCGACAUCCCUGUAUAAGACAUUUGUAAUUUUGCUUAUAAUCUCUAA